AUGAAUGAAGAAAAUGAAGUCGUAAAACUCCUUGUGAAGGUAGGAAAAAAUAUUAAUAAAAAUGAAGAACAAUUAAGACCUUUUAUUAAAAAAAUCGUUGAGGAUAAUUGGUUAGAUUCAAUAGAAAGUUUAAAAAGUUUAACUGAUGAUGAAUGGUUUAAAUUGCAAUUACCUCUUCGUCUGGUGGAUGAAAUAAAAAAGGAGCUACACAUAAAGAAAGAAGAACAUAGUAGAACAUGUGAUGAUAAAAAUAAAGAUAAUAAUGAUGACAAUAAUAAUAAUAUGGAAGGAACUAAUAAAUAUGAUGAAAUGCAUUGUGAAAAAAACGAAAUUGUGAAUUGUAAUAAAAAAUUUAAAAAAAAUCUAAAAGAAGAGAAAGAAGAUGUAAAUAUGAAGGAAAAAAUAUAUAGUACUAAUGUGAUAAAAGAAAAUAUAACACAUAGUAAUAAUAUAAAUAAUUAUGCUAGCUCCGAUUAUGAUAAUAAAAGGACUUUAUCAAAUUACGUAGAUCAUAAUAAUAAAUCAUCUAAAUUAAUAAAUGAUAUGAAUAUGUCAAGAGAUAAUAGUAGAGUUUAUGAACAUUCUGAUUUGAAUAAAAAAGAAGGUUUCCAUUAUUCUAUAAUAAAAUGUAAUAAAGAUAUAUUAGAAAAUAUGAUAAGUAAAGAAAUAGAGGAUAUUAAUAAGGAAGAUAUAUUUUAUCUGUCGAAUGAAGAUGAUUAUACAAAUAAUUAUGAUAAUUGUAAUAGUUCAUAUAGCUAUUCAGAAGAAAAAACAAGAACAAUAAACAGUAUUAAUGCAUGUGAGAAGUUAAAAAAAAUACCUAUAGAAAAUUUAAAAAUUGUCUUACCUAUACUAUGCAAAAUAGUAAAAAAUAUUUUAAUUAAUCCAAAUAUUUUAAAUACAAGAAUAUUAAAAAGUACAAAUAAUAUUAUGAAAAAUAAAAUAUUAAUAUAUGAAGAGGUUAAAAAUUUAUUAUUAUCUAUAGGAUUUGUAAGAAUAUAUAUUUUUUAUGUUAUGAUAAAAGUGGAUACUUUAUUAUUAUUGUGUAUAUAUGAAUCGUUAAAAAAUAUUUCUAAGAAUAUUAUUAAAAUUGAUGAUUGUUCUAAUAUAAAUUUUGAUCCUUUCAAAUCUAAUAUUGUGUGUGUAGAUACGUUGAAAAAAAAAAAAAAUGUAUUUCAUGCCAAUGAUAAUGUGGAUAUUUUAUUGAAACAAAAAAAAGAACAGAUGGAAAAAUUAAUGAACCAACCAAUAGAAAAGAAUCCAAAAAUAUACAAACAAAAAAAUUAUAAUUAUAGUCAAGACAAGAAAGAAAAGCAUAAGGAACUAAAAAAAAAAAAUCACAACAGUGUGUUAGAUGCACAAGAAAAAGAUGAAGAUGAUACAGAAAAUGAAGAAAAUGAAGAAGAUUUCUCUUAUAUUAUUUCAAAUAUAAAAAAUUUUGGUAAAGAACAAACAUUCAAAUCUAAAACAAAGUUGGAAUUAGAAAAAAUAUCAAAAGCAAAGGUUUAUUCAAAAACGAUUAUAAAAAUAUUAUUUCCAGAUGAUUACAUUCUUGAAUUAUCCUUUUCAUCUGGAACGUUAUUUAGGGAUGUAAAUGAAGCAGUAAAAGGGUUUUUAAAUGAUUCCAUUAUUUCAAAAAAUUGGUUUCUUUAUGAAACUCCAGGAAUUCGUAAAUUUGAUCCUCAAAAAAGUCUUUCCUUUUAUAAUCUCAUUCCACAUGCUCUUUUAAGGUUUAAGUUGGAUCAUCAGGAUGACAAUUUUAUUUUUUCAAGUUUUUUGUCUAAUGAGGCGAUAGAGAAAUAUUUAAUCUCUUCAUAG